AUGAGUUAUGUACGAGUAGGACGUAUUUGUACAUGGAUUCUAAUAUUUAUUUUAUUUUUUUACGUUAUUUUAUCAAAUAUUUUGAUUAAAAAUGAUAAUAAUAAUAAUAUUUCAUCAUGGUCAAAUGUAUUUAAAUUCAAUUAUUAUAAAAAUAAACAAACAUUUGAUAUAUUAAUUAAUAAUAAAAGUCUUCCUAAAAUACUUAUUGUAUUAGGUACACGUCCAGAAGCAAUAAAAUGUGCUCCAUUAAUUGCUGAAUUAAAAUCUGAUUAUUAUCGUUCAAAAUUUCAAGUUAUUGUUAUUAGUACUGCUCAACAUCGAGAAAUUUUACAACAAAAUUUAAUGGCAUUUAAACAAACAGUUGAUAUUGAUUUAGAUUUAAUGAUGAAUAAUCAAAAUUUAUCUAAUUUAUUUCAUCGAAUAUUUUUUCAAAUAAAUGAACAAAUAAAUCUAAUUAAACCAAAUUUAUUAAUUGUUCAAGGCGACACAACAAGUGCACUUGUUUCUGCUUUAGUUGCUUCAUAUCAUCAAAUUCCAGUUGCACAUGUUGAAGCAGGUCUUCGAACAUUUAAUUUAUCAAAUCCAUUUCCCGAAGAACUUAAUCGAAAAAUAAUUGAUUCAUUUGCUAAACUUAUGUUUGCACCAACAACAUUUGCUAAAGAAGUACUUAUUCGAGAAGGUGCUUGUGAAACAGAUAUAUUUAUAACUGGUAAUACUGGUGUUGAUGCAUUUUAUCAAUAUUAUAAACAAGAAAAUCCAAAUAAAAAUAAUUCAAUAUUAAGAUUAAUUGAUAAUUUUAAAAAGAAUCCAAUUAAUAAAACUCGCUCAAUUGUUAUUCUUGUUACUAUGCAUCGUAGAGAAAAUUUUCCAUAUUUAUUUGAUAUGUGUCGUGCUAUAAAAACUAUAGCUAAUGAACAUACUACAGAUAUUUUAAUUAUUUUACCUGUUCAUCCAAAUCCAAAUGUUAAAAAUGUCGUAUUAAAAAUUUUAAAUAAUUUAGAUAAUGUUAAAAUUGUUGAUCCAAUAUCAUAUGACAUAUUUGGUUAUGUUUUAUUAGAAUCAGAUAUAAUUCUGACUGAUUCAGGUGGAAUUCAAGAAGAAGCAGUUAGUAUUGGCAAACCAGUUAUAUUAAUGAAAAUGACAACUGAAAGACCAGAAGGAAUUUAUCUUGGUACAAUUAAACAAAUAGGUAUUUUUUAUGAUGAUAUUAUAAAAGCAGUUAAUGAUGAAUUGAAAAAUAUUAAGAUAACGAAUCAAACAUCGAAAAGAAAUAUUUUUGGUGAUGGAACUGCAUCGAAACAAAUUGCAGCUGUUAUUGAGAAUUAUUUUUCCGGAAAUUAUAAAUCAAAUAUAAAAUGUAUGACAAAAUUUCGUCAAGAUUCUAUUGCUCAAUAUGUUUAUUCAUAUAAAAAUAUAUCAUCACAUACUAUUCGACGAAAGAUGAUGAUAAAUUUAACAAAAGUACAAUCGCCUCUUACUUUGGAUGAAAUACUUAAAAUUCCUAGUCAAUAUAAUAUAUCAAAGAAAAAUGAGGAUAGAUUUGCACUUACUACUAUUAUUGGAUUAUAUAAACGGGAAGGUUUAGUUCGACGAUGGAUUGAAGCACUUCUUUUACAAACACAUCCACCAAAAGAAAUUUGGAUUAUUUAUUUUGCUUCACCUAUUGCAGAUAAACUCGAUAUUGAAAUUAAAGAAAUACGUUUAUUAUUUAAUAAUGGAUCAAAUUAUUGUCAUGAAUGGUGUAUAGAAAAUAAAUGUAACAUCAAUAAUAAUGAGAUUAGAUCUAAUUGUACUGCUAAAUGUAUAGAAUUUUGUAUGAAAUUACCUGCAAUGUUAUUCGUAGGUAUGGGAGAAAUGCAAUUAAAAUAUUUUGGAAGGUUUCAGCUUGCUCUUCAGUGUCGAACAAAAUAUGUCAUCGUUUUUGAUGAUGAUUGUAUACCUCAAAAACGAUAUUUAGAAGUUGCAAUGUAUACAAUUAAUACAAAAGAAUAUCGAGGUAUUCUAGGAACGAAAGGUACACCUGCAGCAGAGAAUUAUUAUUAUGGUCCUGUAUCAAAAAGUAAUCAAAUUAUUGAAGUUGAUGUCGUUGGUUGA